CUCCUGGUGCCUGCGUUAGGGGAGGAGCCCGCGGCGGGCGCGGGCGCGCGGCAGCCCGCGCCGCCGCUCGCGCGCCAGCCAGCAGCGGGCGGGGCCGCGCACGAGAGGGCUGCAGGCCGAGGGCGGUACCGCUGCCGCGCCGCUGCGCUUUGCCCCUGCGCAGGGGAGGCCGCCCUCCCGGCGAUGGGAUGGAGCCGGUGGCGGCGCACGCCGCGCCCGCGGGGCGCUCAGAGGGCGAGGAUGACAACAUGUUCGAGCCCCUCACCCUGUCGCCCCGAACUUGCCAGGCGUUCUGGAGGUGGGCUCGCUGCUUUUGCGUCUACGUCUUCGAUGUGGAGAUGGGCCAGAAGCUCGAGCUUGAGAUGCCCGCGGGUGGCCGCCCCCGCGCGCCCAUUGCCGCGAGGCUCCUGGGCUACCUGGCCUUCCCCGACUCCGGCCCGAGCCGUGGCCACAGCGCGACGGCGGGCGGGCGGGAGGCCGAGACCGCGAUCUUCGGCCUCCGCUUCCGGCGCGACAGCGGCGCCGCCCGCGGCCAGCGGCGCGGGCCGGGCGCCGGCGCCGGCGUCGGCGCGCCGUCCAGCGGGGACUUCAGCUACGGCGUCGCCUGCUUUCGACAGCAGCCCGACGCCACCCGCCCGCGGCACUGCGUGCAGCGCAGCAUCGUGAUUGUAUCACAGCAUGGCCUGGUGUCCUUCUUCUCGAAGGCCAUGCGCCAUGUAGGACA